GGAUGCUACGGGUGAGUAUAUCACCACACCACCAGUGCGCAAAGAGAGACGUGGUCGCAAGCCAUGGGUCAGCGGACGCUUCCAGCAACAUAAACGCGACAGAACACUCUCAAAAUCAGCUCCGAUACAAUCGCGAAUAACAACUGAG